AUGAUUUUUAACUAUGAAAAAGAUCGCUCGUCAGAAGCUACGAGUAAUGUCAGAAGAAUUCUUAGUGAAAUGCUUACGUUUGGAAAGGUGAAGAUUAAAUUGUUUUCAAAUAUACAUUGUAAAAUAUUUAAGGGGAAAUGUGUUAUAAGGCUAUGUGUUUGGAUUUUUAGUGUACUCAUAUUAGUGAGAAGAUAUAGCUUCACCAACAAUGUCGUUAAUAACGGGACUAGAUUGGAGGGAACCUUGGGAAGGAAUGGUCCUAAGCACAUUAAGACAUGCCAGAAUGUUGCGCUUGCUGAAAUUGCUCGUCAAUUUGGUCUAAUGAAUGAUUUAAACAAUAUGAUGAAGAUAUUUAUCAAGUUACGUUUUGCCUUGGUGUCAAGAUUGAGGCGUCUGAUAAGGCGAUGUGUAGCCCGAGGAUGGCCAUCUCAACGUGCGUUACUCCUGGCCCCAAAAUGGCUGCGCGUCGUCGAAACCAGAAUUCGUCUCUUGCCGCUUGCUAUUAGGGUAUGA